CCAUGUCAAAGGGAAUGGGUUAUCCGCAUUCCAGAUCGUUAUGUAUUUGAUGGAGAAGUAGCUCGAAAGACAAUGGAGCUCGGAGAAAUGAACCUUGAAGUGGAACUAGAAGAUGAAAACCAAGAAUGUAUACAUCACUGA